AAAGGUACGAAUGAUUUAUUUAAUUCAUUUAUAUAAUCAUGAUUAGUUAUAAUUAAUUUUAAAAAUCGUUAUGAAGAUACUAACAAGUGAUUUCUUUCCUAGUUCGAUCGAAGGACGUUUGGUUAGAAGUUACAAGAGGAGUUUCAACGGGUUCGCUGCCCGGCUCACUGAGUCAGAACGACAAAGAGUAGCCGAAAUGGAGGGAGUUGUGUCCGUGUUCCCAAGCAUGAACUACAAACUCCAUACAACGGCAUCUUGGGACUUCAUGGGAAUGAAGGAAGGAACAAAUACAAAACGAAACUUGGCCGUUGAGAGUGAUACUAUUGUAGGAGUUUUGGACACUGGGAUUUCGCCAGAAUCAGAAAGCUUUUCCGGUAAAGGCUUUGGUCCUCCUCCUAAGAAAUGGAAAGGUGUUUGCUCCGGCGGCAAAAACUUCACUUGCAACAAGUAAUUCUCUUAAAUUAAUUUCU